AUUAACCGACGAGUGGUUUCUUGAGUUGUUUAACUUAAACUAAACGUGAGAAAAUGUUCAAGUUUGUUGUUAUUGCCUCACUUGCUGCACUAGCUUUUGGUGGUGAACUACCAACCCCUCAUGAUUUCAUCACCGGUAUCCACGAUCCUGAAAAUGUGAAGAACACUGGAUACUUUCAAAAUUUCAUUAUUGGCGGAAACACGGCCUCUCCUGGGCAGUUCCCCUAUCAAGCCUCCUUUAGAUUGAAUUCCAAUGCUCAUUUCUGCGGUGGAAUCGUAGCCAAUAACCGAUGGAUUGUGUCUGCAGCUCAUUGUACAAUUAGUUUCACAAUUGACGAAAUAUUCGUUGUCCUAGGAGCUCAUUCUAGACUUUAUGGAGGAGUAAAUUAUCAACUGGAGCAAAUUAUAAAUCAUCAACAGUAUGACACAGUCACAAUUGCAAAUGAUGUUUCCGUUGUAAAAACGACUGAGGCAAUUGUCUUCAAUAACCUAAUUCAACCCAUUGCUUUGGGAUCCAGUUUUAUCGAUGGUGGUGUUAGCGCUGUUUUAUCAGGAUGGGGCAUUACGUACCUUCCUGAAAGUAGGACAGCUGAUCUUCAGUAUCUUCACGUGCAAACCUGGACCAAUGCAAACUGUAGGGAUGCCAUAGGCGAUAACAGUGAUUUUAUAGUUUAUGACCACAAAAUCUGUGCUGGAGGAGUUGUUGGACAAGGGGCUUGUAUUGCUGAUUCCGGUGGACCAUUGACGGUUGGUAAUGCGGCUAUUGGAAUUGCUUCCUGGGGUAUACCCUGCGCUAUUGGUUUCCCAGAUGUCUAUGACCGAGUAGCAUCACAUCGAAAUUGGAUAAUUGAACAUUUCUAAAAAUGUAUAACAGCCUACCACGGACUUCAGAUUUAGCAAAAAUGUGGCUUAGUACAAUUACAAAAUAAUGAUUAAACUAUAAUCUAUCUAAGUAAGAAAAAAUGAUGAAGAUGGACCUAAAUCAGUUUAUUCUAGUGUUGUCCUUAAACUGAACCAAUUCGCAUUGCCUGUGAAUAUGAUUCAAAACUGAACUUCGAAGAUGCAAUUUAAUAAUUUCGAGCCAGUUUUGUGAAUAAAUGUAAGUUUUCGUAUUGAAAAGUUUGAACAUAAA